CGCGCAUGCGCAUAAUCUACUCUUGAGGAGACAUGGCGUCGUCUCUGAUCUGCAGCCGUCUGACGGCCAGCCUGAGAAACUCCGGCUCCAGAAGCACCAUCAGAUCGGCUACCAAGGUUCUUGGUGGUUGCUCAGGUGUGCUGGGAGGCCAUGUUUCCCAGCAGCAGAGGAGCCUCUCUCUGCACGAGUACAUGAGCAUCGGGCUGCUGAAGGAGGCCGGGGUCUCGGUGCCUAUAGGCCUGGUGGCCAGCUCCUCGGAGGAAGCUUACUCUGUGGCCAAAGAGAUCGGUUCUAAGGAUCUGGUGGUGAAAGCUCAGGUUCUGGCCGGUGGGCGAGGAAAGGGGACGUUUGAGGGCGGACUGAAGGGCGGAGUGAGGAUCGUUUACUCACCCGAGGAGGCGCGGGACAUUUCCUCUCAGAUGAUUGGUCGGAAGUUGUACACGAAGCAGACGGGGGAGGCGGGCAGAAUCUGUAACCAGGUGUUCAUCUGUGAGCGCAGGUAUCCUCGCAGAGAGUAUUACUUUGCUAUCACCAUGGAGAGACACUACCAGGGCCCGGUUCUGAUCGGCAGCUCUCAGGGAGGCGUGAACAUCGAGGACGUGGCGGCGGAAAGUCCUGACGCCAUCGUGAAGGAACCCAUCGACAUCGUGGAGGGAAUCAAGAUGGAGCAGGCCGUCAAGGUGGCUCAGAAGAUGGGCUUCCCUCCGGCUCUGGUGGACGACGCAGCUCAGAGCAUGAUGAAGCUCUACAACCUGUUCAUCAAGUACGACGCCUCCAUGCUGGAGAUCAACCCCAUGGUGGAGGACUCUGAUGGAACAGUGAUGUGCAUGGACGCUAAGAUCAACUUCGACUCGAACGCAGAGUACCGCCAGAAGAAGGUGUUCGCGAUGCAGGACUGGUCUCAAGAAGAUCCAAGAGACCAUCAGGCAGCCAAAGCUGAUCUGAACUACAUCGGACUGGAUGGAUCCAUCGGGUGUCUGGUGAACGGAGCAGGAUUGGCGAUGGCCACCAUGGACAUCAUCAAGCUGCACGGAGGCACACCUGCCAACUUCCUGGAUGUUGGGGGCGGAGCCACAGCUCAUCAGGUGACUGAGGCCUUCAAGCUCAUCACCUCCGACAGGAAGGUCCAGGCGAUCCUCGUGAACAUCUUCGGAGGAAUCAUGAGGUGUGAUGUCAUCGCUCAGGGCAUCAUCAUCGCUGUGAGAGACCUGGAGCUCAAGAUCCCCAUCGUAGUGCGGUUACAAGGAACCAGAGUGGACGACGCCAAAGCUCUGAUCGCUGCGAGUCCUCUGAAGAUCUUAGCCUGUGACGACCUGGACGAGGCCGCCAAGAUGGUUGUGAAGCUUUCUGAGAUCGUCUCUCUGGCUAAACAAGCUCAGGUGGACAUCACCUUCCAGCUGCCCAUCUAAAGAGAGACACACCUCCACCUCCACCUCAAACACUUCCUCUGUCUCCCCCACAGCCUCCCUCCACUCCCCCUUUUUUAGUUUGACUGUGGCACGAUGGCAUCUGAAACGAGGUAAACUCGUCACGUUCCUCAUCAAAAGGAAAUUAAAUUCAGCUAACUGUGGAAAGAGAAGAGCCGUGUCUAGAUGCACACCAAAUGGUUUAUGCCACUUCUCGCUAAAAGGUGCAAACUAUUUGUGCACAUUUCCUGCAUCGUUACUUAGUAAAAAGCCUCUGUUCCUCGUCCCUCUGUGAUCUCAAACUCCGCCUCCUUCCUUAGUCGUUGCACUUGAGUCGAUACGCACCCACAUUUGAACUUUAAACUCCUUCUCUCAUUUAUUUAUUCAUGCAUUUCAUGGAGAAUAUCAAACGUAAACAGACGAGCUGAAGCCGUUAUUUAGUGUUUCCACUUCAGUUCAAACCAGUGACACUCUGGCUCUGAUGCACAAGUUGAAAGGAGGCAUUGUAAUCCGGUUACUUUCAUUUUCACACCUGGACAGUUUUUGCAUGAUGUCAGCGUGUUGUUCCAGAAUAACAGAUCGUCUUUGAAGUCUUUUUUUUUUAUCAAACACACAACCAUCGAUUGAAGCGCCGCAGCUUCACCUGAGCAGAGAUUCACCUCCUGUGUUCAGCUGGUUUAAAAACACGUUUCCUGUUACAAAGUGGAGCCAGAGCCCCUCCGUCACACCGGGUGGAGCUACACUGAAUAAACAUGUUACUGAAACACGCUCUCCCGAGAUGAUCGGACGCCACUGGAAGCAGGUUUUGCUUAAACCUAAUUUCCUACAGAGACAAACGUCUAGUGGCAUAUCUCUAUGUCUAUCUAUAUCUGCAUGAAGGUUAGCUUUGGACACGUGAAGCUAAGGGUUGAGUAUUACUGCUGCUUGGAUUUGCAUUUUGAGUAGAAAAGAUUUUGUUGGUUUUAGCUCAGAAAUUGGCGCUUUUGCAGACUAGUAACAACCAGUCUUGCAGAUGUAAUCAACUGCAGUCUCAUUACAUCACAUAACUGUACGCUCUGGGGCUGAAUCCACGAGUCAGAGGACAUGUAUACAUAAACGUGAAAAAUGUCAAAUAUUUAACACACACCCAGCUUCAGUGGAACAUCUGGUAUUGAUCCGUGAGGUUUCAGAUUCUUACACGAGUCCAAAUGAAUUGUUCAGUGUUCCCAGAGAAAAGCCCAGAGGGAGGGACACGGAGAGUUAAAGUGGACUCAGUUUCUCGCUCUGAUAAACCCAAUUAUUCCCUGCUGACCGAUGCACCCCGAACGCAUCGUCUCACGUCCUGCAGACCGAUGCACCCCGAACGCAUCGUCUCACGUCCUGCUGACCGAUGCACCCCGAACGCAUCGUCUCACGUCCUGCAGACCGAUGCACCCUGAACGCAUCGUCUCACGUCCUGCAGACCGAUGCACCCUGAACGCAUCGUCUCACGUCCUGCUGACCCUCAAACUGACCUCCAUCUGUGCAGAAACCCCUCUUUAGUGUGUCGGGGUUUCCUCCUCCUCCUGCGACGUUUGAAGCUGCGAGACAGCUGCACUUUGUGUUUCUGCCAUCAUGCCACUCCACUUUCUUUCUGUCACCUCCACAUCAGGGAGGCUGUGGGCGCUCACCAAAACGGUUAAAUGACUGUAGUUGUGUCUUUACUUCCUCCUCCUCAUCUCCCUCCUCCUCAUCUCCAUGAGUUUCGAACACCUUGUGAGUUGUACGUCAUUUAUUAUAUCUUGUAAAUAACCUGCUGAUGUUCUCUCUCUGUAACAUAUUUAUGCUCCCUGCAAAGGAGUACGACAAAAGGAAGAAUAAUAAAAACGGAGAACAUCAA